GCGUCUUUGAUUGGAUCUUGAACCCAUCCGGCUGAGGCGGGAAGCUCCCCGGCCCCGAUCAGAACCUUCCCCGUGCACCACCGCAGCCCAACACCAACAUCAACGUCCUCUAUACGUCUCUCCCCUCCUCUUCAAUUGACGACCACUCCCAUCGUAUAUGCAGCCUCAUAUCCCUCUGUCCCUCGAUAUAAUGGAAGACGCAGGCCGGUAUAUGAGCGGGAGCGCGCUGACACUCCGAACGAAUGCGAAUGCGAACGGGAACGCGAACGGGGCGUCGCUACCUCCUGAGCACAUCAGGGCGCAACGGGUAUUCGGAAGCGCGUUACAAGUAGACGAGCAAUUCGCCGGUGACACUAUCAUACUGGUCGAGAACACGCUAUUCCACAUCCCCACCUAUCUCCUGCAUCAAUCGACGCUCUUUGCACAACUCUUCGACCUCCGUUACCCGGGGAGCAGCACCUCCCUCUCCGUCUCCCUCUCUAGGGCACUCGAAGAAUCCCCGGUGGAUAUGAACGUUCCCGAGCCUUCGCUGACCGCCCGCUCCUUCCGCGCGUUCGCGAAAGCGCUCCUCUCACCUGCGUACGCCCCAACCUCUCUCUCACCCGAAGAGCUCCUCCCCGCUCUCGAAUGGAGCAGCAAAUGGUGUUUCCCCUCCCUGACCUCCCACCUCCUCUCCCAACUCGCCCUCUCCCGCGACCCGAGCAACGCCCCCUCCCUACUCCCACACGCCCGGUUCCCCCUGGCGAAACAAUACUCUUCCCAGCGCGUGCUAGACCAAGCGCUCGUCGACCAGUGUCUCUCGCUCUCUCCUCCCGAUAUGCUCGCGUACGACUCCCUAAUCCAGUCUUUCGGCCCAGCCGCGUUCCUCGAUUUGAUAGAAACGAGGCGCCUUGUCUGGUCCCACCUACGCGCAUUAGCAAGUGGCACAAGAGGGGAAAACACCGUCUGGACCGACUGCGCACACAAGCCAGACUGGUGCCACACCGCUCCCUUAUUCCGGCAAGCGCUCGCGGAUGUGCUCCUAGCUGAAGGAAAGCAGAGAACGAGAAACGCCCCGUAUGAGGACUUUGACGCGGCGUUUUGUACGGCUUUGGACUCCCUGGCUACGGGCAGCAGGGCGUGUGAGACGUGUAGGGGGAAGACGGUGGAGCGUAUGAGCUGGUUUAUAGACAGUACGAGGAUAUUCGAUAUUGUCCGAGAGCGGAUCGGGCCCCUCCUAUCUCCCCCGGCCUCGCAGACUGCCGACAGUCCUGUCGCUGGUUCUCACCUACUGACGAACUCGUCAAGCCCAGAGACGGGAAAGAGGAAAACCCCGUCAACCGCCGGACAGACAGGUAUUUAUCUGUGGAACGCAGCUUGGGGCUUGCCGGUCGAGGGGAGCGCACAGCAGCGGGACUGGGAGAGACUGAUGGAUUUGCAGGGAGAGACGAUGCAGAGCGUGUCGGGGUCGGGGUAA